AUGGACAGAGCUGUGAGGCCCAGAUAUGCCUCCCUCAGUGACUUUCAGUUUGGAGCUGCUGCCACAGAGACCAUUGAAGACGCGCUGCUGCACUUGGCCCAGCAGAAUGAGCAAGCCGUACUGGAGGCCACGGGCCGGAUGGGCAGCUUUAGGGAGACCCGGAUUGUGGAGUUUAUUUUUCUCCUGUCUGAACAAUGGUGUCUGGAGAAAUCCGUGAGCUACCAAGCUGUAGAAAUCCUAGAAAGUUUUAUGGUUAAGCAGACAGAGAAUAUCUGCAGACAAGCCACAAUCCAGCCAAGAGGUAAAGCAGAACUUCAGAAUUGGAGAACCCUGAAAGAGAAGCUUCUGGACAAGUUUAUCCUGCGUCUCGUGUCAUGUGUUCAGCUGGCAAGCAAGCUUUCCUUUCACUACAAAAUAAUCAGCAACAUUACCAUACUGAAUUUCCUCCAGGCUCUAGGGUAUCUCCACACUAAAGAAGAACUUCUGGAGUCAGAGCUUGAUGUCUUGAAGUCCCUGAACUUCCAAAUCAAUCUGCCUACUCCCUUGGCCUACGUGGAGAUGCUCCUGGAAGUUUUAGGAUACAACGGCUGUUUGGUCCCAGCCACACGUUUGCAUGCAACUUGUCUAACCCUGCUUGACCUAGUCUAUCUUCUGCAUGAACCCAUCUAUCAGAGUCUGCUGAGGGCUUCAAUAGAGAACACCACACCCAGUCGGCUGCAAGGGGAAAAGUUUACUUCAGUGAAGGAAGACUUCAUGCUGCUGGCAGUGGGAGUCAUUGCAGCAAGUGCUUUCAUCCAAAACCAUGAGUGCUGGAGCCAGGUUGUGGGCGAUUUGCAGAGCAUCACUGGCAUUGCCUUGGAGAGCAUUGUGGAUUUCUCUUACGCAAUCCUGACUCACAGCUUGGGAGCCAACUCUCCAGGGCCACGGCAGCCUGUCCCUUCCCACCUGGGGGCCAGAACUCUCAGGGCUGCUUCCUCCAACACAUGA